GAACACAAACCCCAAAUGAAGAGCAGAGUUCAGGUUACAGAGCCGAGUUUCUCCUCCGCAGCAGUCGGUGGUGCAGCUCGACCAAAUAUAAACCUCGUUUCUUGGCAGAGGGACAGACUGCUCCGGGGGCGGAGUCCUCAGGAGCAGGACAGACUGAAGGACAAACACUCGGACCAGACACACAAAAGUUCGACGUUAAGGACCAGAAAAACACCUGAUCUGCUGAUCAUCUGCCAGGCCGAACCAGAGGAAAUGGCUGCGUCUGCGUCGUCUGCGGUGACUCGCCGCAUCCUCGCCGCUGCGUCGCAUGGAGGCCACGAGGGAGGAGUGAAGACGUGGAGGAUUCUGUCCUACGUGUUGGCGUUACCUGGUGUGGGCGUGUGUAUGGUGAACGCUUACCUGAAGCAGAAGGCUCACUCCCACGAGCCGCCUGAGUUCGUUCCGUAUCCCCACCUGCGCAUCCGCACCAAGCCGUGGCCAUGGGGUGACGGAAACCACUCGAUGUUCCACAACCGUCACACCAACCCUCUGCCCACCGGCUACGAGGACUCGCACCACCACUGAGCGACGGCGCCGCCCGGAGACGACACAGAACUGCGCCACGUGAAACUACUGCAUCAUACAGUAGAACCACUGUAACCUUUAAUACAAAUAAAUAACCACUUCAGAG